CGAGUAGCUCGACUUCAUAGUCUCAACCCUCGUCUUUUCCCUCGUCUUAACGUCCCUUCUCAAAGCAAUCCCUUUAAUACUCACCCUCCUGAGCCUCCUCCGGUCUACACCACCGCUAAACUCACCGAGUUGAUCCUUUACGAGCGUCUCGAUCCCUUUGCACAGCACCCGGAGCUCCUUGUUAAGCCUGUCGAGAUGGCCGACUCUCUUUACACCUGGCAGCCCAUUCCUCCCAACCAGAUGCGCUACGCUCGCGCGUGUAUGGUCUGCUCUAUCAUCAUGGUCCAAUCUCGUUUCCGUUCUGAAGGUUGUCCCAACUGUCCCUUCCUCGACCUUAAGGGCUCGCCCGAAGCUGUCGAAUCUUGCACCUCCAGCGUCUUCGAAGGAACCAUGGCCAUCGCCAGCCCCCGAACCUCAUGGGUUGCACGUUGGAACCGUAUCGACAACUACGUCCCCGGCACCUACGCCAUUCAAGUGAUGGGUUCGCUACCUGAGGACGUUAAGCAGGCUAUGGAGGACGAUGGUCACGUCUACAUUCCGUAAGUUUUUCUUUGUUCUUGUUUAUUUCUUUCCGCAUUUGUUC